AUGUCUGGCCUAUCAAUAGGUGCAAGAAAGGAAUUGGAUGAUGCAACGAUUGAUCUUCUGUCCACCGUGGCAUCAGUCUUUCGCUCGAGCGACGAGGGCCACACGUCAGAAAUUCAAAGCGUCUCUGACACAUUGAAAGAUCCGGUAACAUCGCCGACGGACCCUCGGGUCUCAUUUCACAAAGGCAUCGCUUCUAUCGUGUUCUCGAGUGUACCCGCGUUGGCCAACUUAACGUCAGAGAACCAUCAUAAUUUACCUCAGUGUAUCGACCCUCAGGCCACUCUGAUCACCCCCGAUCGCCACUUGGGUACUCAAGUCACUGUCCUCGAUGAUAGCCAGGCCGCCAUCAGCACAUCAAACUCGACGAAGACAACCUCCUAUACCGGCAGUUCCCAAUGUGUCGAUCGUGUCCUGUCUGGGGAUCCACCCUUGGCUACUGCUGCACCCGAUCUUCUCCCCUUACCGCCUGCCACAGCCUUCAUCAAUCGCGACUUGUCGUGCAAUGCGCAAUUGGCCGUAGCGCUGGAAGCGCAUGGGCCUCGCUCAUCACAAUCACUUGUCAUCGCCACAGAGGCCACCAUCAAGUCUACGCUUGACGCCGGUCGAGCUACGAGCUCUCAAUAUUCUGAAAGGGAAGAAUUAUGGGCGAAAAACAAUACGACUCGUGCAAAGCAGCCUUCGUUCUCUGCACAAACUCGUUCCGCAAUGGCAAUGCCCUCACUAGGCAAUAUGCUUCAUGCUUCGACGAGCCCUGCAAUCGCACGCUAUGAUGGACAAGAUCAAGUGCCGGUGGUGGCUUUAUCUCAAACGUCAACGACCAGCCUUCCAGGUCGUCCUCCCGGUGUCAUUGAACAGGUUGCCUGUGGCUCGCCGAUGCUACCUAGUUCCUUCUCGUCUCAUCAACGUUCAUUCCUCUCGAAACAAGUCGUGAGGCCACGAAAGAUUGAGGACCCGGAUGGUACAAUGUCGCAAGAGCCGGGCCACGCAUCUGCGAUGAUGCCUGACGAAGGGACGGUUACUUUCACGUCGAGCAGCGAUGACAAUACCAACAAUUCACAGAUCAAUGACAGUAAUCAUGUGCUCCAACCGCGGUGGUUGGAGCAGCAGCAGCGUACAUGGGAAGAAGCAGAAGAGAAUAUGCACGACGAGCGUGCCAGAAAACGGGAGCAAGAAAGUGGACGGCUGUCUCACCAUCGAGUAACCUCCCACCCGCACGCGAACCCCUUCUAUAAGGCCAUCAAUGCCGUUGAAUGGUGCUGUCCGGGAUGCGAAAGAGUGCUCAGUAGUCAAUUCGCUGUCAAACGCCACCUAAAAGCUCGUGAUCGUAGGUGUGUAAAGGCGCUCUGCGCACGGUACGGCGUGUCCGAACAGGAUAUCCCCGAAGCGCGCCUGGCCGAGAUUUCGCGACCACUGGAAAGAGCUUCGUACGUGCCCGCCGGCGCCGAUAAUGCACCCAUAGUCUCGAACGGGUCAGAAAAUGAAGGCGAACUUUCAUUUGGUCGCGCAUCGUCGUCGUUCUUCUCCAAUCAGCCCACUGUUCCCUGUGCGCCCGGCUACGACAAUACCGCGUCUCCUGUUACUUUCGGGACGAAAUGGGGCCAGGAAUAUCUCGGCGAGACUUCUUGCUAG